CGGGCCGCAGCUGUCAGUCUCCGCGCCGGCCACGGCCCUCCCCUGCGCGCUGCGUUCCGGCUCCGCCCUCUCCCGCCUCCUGGUCCCCGCCAUGGUGCUGGAGUCGGUGGUCGCUGACUUGCUGAACCGCUUCCUAGGGGACUACGUGGAGAACCUGAACAAGUCCCAGCUAAAGCUGGGGAUCUGGGGCGGUAAUGUGGCUUUAGAUAAUCUGCAGAUAAAAGAAAAUGCUCUGAGUGAAUUGGACGUUCCUUUCAAAGUCAAGGCUGGCCAGAUUGAUAAAUUAACUUUGAAGAUUCCUUGGAAAAACCUUUAUGGAGAAGCAGUUGUUGCCACCCUAGAAGGAUUAUAUCUGCUUGUGGUCCCUGGAGCAAGUAUUAAGUAUGAUGCUGAGAAAGAAGAAAAAUCCUUGCAGGAUAUUAAACAGAAAGAACUUUGCCGAAUUGAAGAAGCUCUUCAAAAAGCAGCAGAGAAAGGUGCACACUCAGGGGAGUUCAUGUAUGGCUUGGAAAACUUGCUUUACAAGGACGUCAAGCCUGGACGUAAGCGUAAAAAGCACAAAAAACAUUUUAAGAAACGUUUUAAAGGUCUUGAUCGCUCCAAAGAUAAGCCCAAAGAAGCAAAAAAGGAUACAUUUCUGGAAAAAUUGGCAACUCAAGUAAUAAAAAAUGUUCAAGUGAAAAUUACAGAUAUUCACAUUAAAUAUGAAGAUGAUGUCACUGAUCCAGAAAGGCCGCUUUCAUUUGGUGUCACCCUGAGAGAAUUUAGUCUAUUGACGACUAAUGAACACUGGACUCCAUGCAUUUUAAAUGAAGCAGAAAAAAUCAUAUAUAAGCUCGUGAAGCUUGACAGUCUCAGCGCCUAUUGGAAUGUUGGCUGCUGCAUGUCUUACCAUGGAUCGAGGGAGCACAUCUUGGAUCAACUGAAACGUGAAAUUCUUACAAGUACAAACAUCCCCCCAGACCAUCAGUACAUUUUCCAGCCAAUAUCAGCCUCUGCAAAACUCUACAUGAAUCCUGGUGCAGAAUCAGAGCUCAAAACACCCAAACUCGAUGGGAACGUAGAGGUACAGAAUAUUGCCAUUGAGCUGACGAAGCCUCAGUAUUUAAGUAUGAUUGACUUUUUGGAGUCACUGGAUUAUAUGGUGAGGAAUGUGCCAUACAGGAAGUAUAAACCUUGCUUGCCACUUCACACCAACUGUCGGCAAUGGUGGAAAUAUGCUAUUGAUUCUGUUCUUGAAGUCCAUAUAAGAAGAUAUACUCAGCCGUGGUCAUGGAGUAACAUAAAAAACCACAGGCAAUUACUCAAGAGUUACAAAAUGGCCUACAAAACCAAGUUAACACAAACCAAAGUCUCAGAAGAAAUACAGAAACAAAUUCAGGACCUGGAGAAGAGUCUAGAUGUUUUUAACAUAGUUUUAGUGAGACAACAAGCACAAGUUGAGGUCAUUCAUUCUGGGCAGAAAUUAAGGAAAAAGUCUGCGGAGGCAGGAGAGAAGCGUGGCUGGUUUAGUGGGUUUUGGGGAAAGAAAGAAUCUAAGAAGAGAGAUGAGGAGUCAUCAGUCCCUGAGACCAUCGAUGACCUUAUGACUCCAGAGGAAAAAGACAAGCUCUUCACUGCCAUUGGGUACAGUGAGAGCACCUACAACUUGGCUUUGCCCAAGCAGUAUGUGGCCAAUAUACUGACUCUGAAGUUGGUGAGCACCUCCAUUAUAAUAAGAGAAAACAGAAAUGUUCCAGAAAUCUUGAGAAUCCAGAUAAUUGGCUUGGGUACCCAAGUAUCCCAGCGACCAGGAGCACAAGCAUUGAAGAUAGAAGCAAAAUUAGAACACUGGUACGUCACAGGCUUGCGACAACAAGACAUUGUGCCAUCACUGGUGGCUUCCAUUGGUGACACAACAUCGUCCUUACUCAAAAUUGAGUUUGAAACUAACCCUGAGAACAGUCCUGCUGACCAGACUCUGAUCGUUCAGUCCCAGCCUGUGGAGGUCAUCUAUGAUGCUAAAACUAUCAAUGCUGUUGUUGAAUUCUUUCAGUCAAAUAAGGGGUUGGAUCUUGAGCAAAUUACAUCAGCUACAUUGAUGAAGUUGGAAGAGAUUAAAGAGAAAACAGCUACAGGACUUACGCAUAUCAUUGAGACUCGGAAAGUUCUUGAUUUAAGGAUAAAUCUGAAGCCUUCUUAUCUAAUAAUUCCACAGACAGGUUUUCACCAUGAAAAGUCAAAUCUUCUCAUUUUAGAUUUUGGUACUUUUCAGCUCAACAGUAAAGACCAAGGUGCACAGAAGACGACUAAUUCAUCCCUUGAAGAAAUAAUAGACAAGGCGUAUGACAAAUUUGAUGUGGAAAUAAAGAGUGUGCAAUUGCUCUUUGCAAAAGCAGAGGAAAAUUGGAAAAAGUGUAGAUUCCAGCAUCCAUCAACUAUGCAUAUACUGCAGCCAAUGGAUAUUCAUGUUGAGUUGGCCAAGGCAAUGGUGGAGAAGGAUGUUAGAAUGGCCAAAUUUAAAGUGUCAGGAGGACUGCCUUUGAUGCAUGUGAGGAUUUCUGACCAGAAGAUAAAAGAUGCGCUGUGUUUGAUUAACAGUAUACCCUUGCCACAGAAGUCAUCCACACAGUCUCCAGAGAGACAGGUAGCCUCGAUUCCUGUUCUUUCAGGCGGGACAAAAGGUCUUCUUGGGACUCCGCUGUUGCUAGAUGGAAUGGAAUCAGAGUCUGAUGAGGAGUACUUUGAUGCUGAGGACGGAGACUCGCAGGCUGCUAGAACUGUAAAAGCCUCAGAACUGAAAAAAGCUUCUGAGGUUCCAAAUGAGGAACUGGUUAGUCUCCUGCUCAAGUUUGAGAUUAAAGAGGUGGUUUUGGAACUCACUAAACAACAGAAAGAAGAAGAGACAAUUCUAGUAUUUAAUGUCACUCAGUUAGGGACAGAAGCAACAAUGAGGACAUUUGACCUGACUGCUGUGUCCUAUUUGAGGAAAAUCAGUUUGGAUUACCAUGACAUUAAAGGAUCCAGAAAGAAGCCAAUUCACUUGAUUAGCUCUUCAGACAGACCUGGAUUAGAUCUUUUAAAAGUGGAGUACAUCAAGGUUGAUAGGAAUGGGCCUAGUUUUCAAACUACUUUUGAAAAGACUGAACAAACUGUUAAGGUGGCCUUUUCAUCUUUGAAUCUGUUGCUACAAACACAAGCUCUUCUGUCUUCUCUUAACUACUUGACAACCGUCAUCCCAUCAGACAGUCAGAACAUGGGUGUGGCCAAGGAGGUGCAGGAGGCACAGAGCAUACCUGAGAAACAGAAGAACUCGACCCUCCAGAAAGUGAUGGUGCCCUCUAGAGAUAGUGACGUGAUUGGCUUCAGGCUGUUUGCCAAACUGAAUGCUUUCUGUGUCACUGUCUGUGAUGAGAAGAGCAAUAUUGCUGAAAUCAAGAUACAAGGCCUUGAUUCUUCCCUUUCUCUUCAGUCAAAGAAGCAGUCACUUUUUGCCAGGCUGGAAAACAUUAUUGUCACAGAUGUCGAUCCCAAAACAGUUCAUAAGAAAGCUGUAUCCAUAGUUGGAAAUGAAGUUUUCCGCUUUAACCUGGAUUUGUAUCCGGAUGCUACUGAAGGAGAUUCCUACACUGACAUGUCCACUGUGGAUGGUGUGAUGGCGCUGCACGUCGGCUGUAUUCAGAUUGUCUACCUUCAUAAGUUCCUUAUGUCGCUGCUGAACUUCCUGAACAAUUUCCAGGUGGCCAAAGAGGCACUGAGUGCAGCCACUGCCCAGGCUGCGGAAAAGGCGGCCACGAGUGUGAAGGAUCUCGCCCAGAGGAGCUUCCGUGUUUCUGUUGAUAUUGAUUUGAAAGCACCAGUCAUUGUCAUUCCACAGUCUUCUCUCUCCACCAAUGCUGUCGUGGUAGAUCUUGGAUUAAUUAGAGUUCACAAUCAGUUCAGUCUGGUGUCUGGAGAAGAUGCUGUAAAUCCUCCAGUCAUCGACAAAAUGGAGGUGCAGCUCACGAAACUGAAACUCUCUAGGACAGCAAUCCAGCCAGGCACCUCCCAUCCUGAUAUUCAGCUGUUGCACCCAAUUAACUUGGAGUUUUUUGUAAAUCGGAAUCUAGCUGCAAAUUGGUACCAUAAGGUGCCUGUUGUAGAAAUUAAAGGGCGUCUUGAUUCGAUGAAUGUUAGUCUAAAUCAAGAGGAUCUUAAUCUUCUGUUUAGAAUACUGGCAGAAAAUCUUGGCGAGGCCACCGAAGACUUGGAUAAAGGGAAACCUAGAGUACAAGAGAUAGGUGAAACUAAAGCAUGCCGAGAAGCCUCUACACUGCAGGAUGUGCAUACCACACAAGGUGUGCCAGCAGCCAGAGUGGAAGAGACCAGAUCUGUAGACAUCAUUAAUGUACUGUUGAACUUUGAAAUUAAAGAGGUUGUGGUUACUUUGAUGAAAAAAGCAGAAAAGAAAGGAAGCCCCUUACAUGAACUGAAGAUCCUGCAUCUCGGGUUGGAAGCUAGGGUAAAAGCCCAUGACAUGACUGCUGAAGCAUACCUCAGAAAGAUUACCAUGCGGUGUUUCCACUUCCCUGAUUCUAAAGGCGAGCCUCUGCACAUUGUCAACACCUCUGAUGGGUCUGAUGGGACCCUCCUGAAAAUGCUGUUCAUUAAGGCAGACAGUGAUGGACCAGACUUUAAGACUCUUCAUGAUAAUACCAAACAGAAGCUGAAGGUUUCGUUUUCGACCUUGGACUUGGUGCUUCAUUUGGAGGCUUUACUUUCCCUCAUGGAUUUUUUGUCAUCUGCUGUUCCACCCUCUGACUCUUCCUCCCCUGAGAAGGAAUCUGAGCUAAAGCCGCUUGUGGGGGAAUCCAGAAGUCUUGCCAUCAAAGCCGUGCCCAGCUCUUAUGAGGGUGACAUGUUUGAUUUGAAGGUCACAGCUGAAUUAAAUGCCUUUAACAUCUUCAUUUGUGAUCACAAGAGUAACAUAGCAGAAAUUAAAAUACAUGGAAUGGAUGCCUCGAUUUCUGUGAAGCCAAAGCAGACUGAUGUGUUUGCCAGACUUAAGAAUAUCAUAGUUAUGAAUGUUGAUUCACUGUCCAUUCACAAAAAGGCCGUCUCUAUUUUGGGAGAUGAAGUCUUCCGGUUCCAGAUGAGUCUGUAUCCAGAUGCCACAGAAGGAGAGAAUUAUGGUGAUAUGUCUAAAGUAGAUGGCAGACUUAGUCUCAAAGUGGGCUGUAUCCAGAUUGUCUAUGUUCAUAAAUUCUUUAUGUCUCUCUUGAGCUUCCUCAACAAUUUCCAAGCUGCCAAGGAAGCCUUGAGCACAGCCACAGUGCAGGCUGCAGAGAGAGCUGCAUCUAGUGUGAAGGACCUGGCCCAGAAGAGCUUCCGGCUUCUGAUGGACAUCGAUUUGAAAGCACCUGUCAUCACCAUUCCCCAGUCUUCUGUGUCACCUAAUGUCGUUAUAGCAGAUCUGGGCUUGAUCAGAGUUGAGAACAAGUUUAGCUUGGUUUCUGUGGAGCAGCUCGCUCUUCCUCCAGUGGCCGACAAUAUGAGCAUCCAGCUCACGCAGCUAAAGCUCUCCAGAACUGUUUUACAGGCUGACUCCCCUCAGCAUGACAUUGAAAUCUUAAAACCAGUGAACAUGCUUUUGUCCAUACAGCGGAAUUUGUCGGCAGGAUGGUACACACAGAUUCCAGGCAUGGAGAUAAAAGGAAAACUUAAGCCUAUGCAGGUUGCUCUCAGUCAAGAUGACUUGACAGUUUUAAUGAAAAUUUUGCUGGAAAACCUUGGGGAAGCAUCUUCACAACCAAGCCCUACACAGUAUGCCCAGGAGGCUGCACGGGUGAAGAAGGAUACUCGGAGUGGGCAUGAGUCUCUUAAAGAACAAGAGGUGACGGACCCAAAGCCCCCUGUGGACCGGACUGUCACUCUUCAGUUUGAUUUCUACUUUGACUCUCUUUCCAUCAUCCUUUACAACAGUGAUAGCUGCCAGGAGUCCAGGCUUUCAUUUCAUAAUGACAGUUUCCGUCUGGGUGAGCUCACACUACACCUGAUGGCUUCUGCUGGGAAGAUGUUCAAGGAUGGGUCUAUGAAUGUCAGCCUUAAACUCAAGACGUGCACUCUUGAUGAUCUCCGAGAAGGAAUCGAGAGAGCAACAUCCAGGAUGAUUGACAAAAAGAAUGAUCAGGACAGCAACAGUUCUAUGAUUGAUGUAAGAUAUAGCCAAGAUAAAAAUGGAAGCCAGAUCGAUGCUGUCCUUGACAAGCUGUAUGUGUGUGCCAGUGUGGAGUUUCUGAUGACCGUGGCUGAUUUCUUCAUCAAAGCUAUGCCUCAGAGUCCAGAAAACAUUGCAAAAGAAAUACAGAUUCCAUCAAGACAGACUGCUGCGGGAAGAGUCAAGAUGGAGAAAGAUGACUCUGUGAGGUCAAAUAUGACUCUGAAGGCCAUGAUCACAGACCCAGAAGUGGUGUUUGUUGCCAACCUGACUAAGGCCGAUGCUCCUGCUCUCACGGCCUCGUUCCAGUGCAACCUCUCCCUCUCAACGUCCAAACUCGAGCAGAUGAUGGAAGCUUCCGUGAGAGACCUGAAAGUGCUUGCCUGCCCUUUCCUCAGAGAAAGGAGAGGGAAGAGCGUCACCAAGGUGUUACAGCCCUGCUCCUUAUUUAUGGAAAAGUGCACAUGGGCUUCAGGGAAACAAAACAUAAACAUUGUGGUUAAAGAAUUUGUGAUUAAGAUCUCACCUAUAAUCCUUAAUACUGUAAUGACAAUCAUGGCUGCUAUGUCUCCAAAGACCAAAGAAGAUGAAUGCAAAGACACUGCUAAGGAGACAGACAAUCUCUGGGCCGUCAAAUCUAUUACUGAUUAUAACUCUUGGUUUCUCGGUGUUGACAUGGCAACAGAAGUAACAGAAAAUUUCAGAGAAUUUGAACAUCCAUCGAUAGAGGAAAAUUGUGUGGUUGCUGUGGAGUCAGUUCAAGUUACCUUAGAGUGUGGCCUUGGGCAUCGCACCGUGCCUCUGUUAUUGGCAGAGUCCAAGUUCUCUGGAAAUAUUAAAAACUGGACUUCUCUAAUGGCUGCUGCUGCUGACAUGACACUAGAGGUUCACUAUUAUAAUGAAACCCAUGCCGUCUGGGAGCCACUGAUUGAGAGAGUGGAGGGAAAACAACCAUGGAACUUAAAGCUUAAUGUCAGAAAGAACCCGAUCCAGGAUAAAAGUUUGAUGCCAGGAGAUGAUUUUAUUCCCGAGCCACAAACAGCAGUCCAUAUUUCUUCAGGAACUACGAUGAAUAUCACAAUAUCCAAAAGUUGUCUUAAUGUUUUCAACAAUUUAGCAAAAGGCUUCUCUGAGGGAGCGGCUUCUACUUUUGACUACUCUCUGAAAGACAGGGCUCCUUUUACAGUCAGAAAUGCCCUGGGUGUUCCCAUGAAGGUGCAGCCCAAUCGUAACCUCAGGGUGAUGGGUUCCCCUGAAAAGAGUGACAUUUAUGAUGUGGGUGCUGGCCAGCAUUUGGAGCUGGAAUAUGCCAGCCUGGAACCCUCGCGUCAAGGGAAGCUGUCACUCCUGAGCCGGCAGGAGAGCACUCUCUUCACACUGACCUUUGUACCAUAUGGUUAUACAGAAGUGGGUAGUGUUCCUGUUGCCAGGCCUGGCCGACGAUUGUAUAAUGUGAGGAAUCCCAGUGCCAGCUGUUCGGAUUCCGUGUUGGUGCAGAUUGACGCAACAGAAGGCAAUAAGGUCGUCACUCUCCGCUCACCUCUGCAGAUUAAAAACCACUUCUCGAUAGCAUUUAUCAUCUAUAAAUUUGUCAAAAGUGUUAAGCUGUUGGAACGCAUUGGAAUAGCCAGACCUGAGGAAGAGUUCCAUGUCCCUCUGGAUUCCUAUAGAUGCCAACUGUACGUUCAGCCUGCUGGCGACUUAGAGCAGCAGUAUACACAGUCCACCACGUACAUCUCCUGGAAGGAAGAGCUCCACCGUAGCAGGGAGGUCAGGUGCAUGCUGCAGUGCCCUGCAGCAGAAGUCAGCUUCUUACCACUCAUCGUGAACACGGUUGCCCUGCCCGAUGAGCUGAGCUACAUCGGUGCCCACGGGGAAGACUGGGAUCCAGCCUACAUUAUUCAUCUGUACCCUCCUCUCACCUUGCGGAACCUUCUUCCGUAUUCGCUAAGAUACUUACUUGAGGGAACUGCAGAAACCCAUGAGCUGGCAGAAGGCAGCUCUGCCGACGUUCUGCACUCACGAAUCGGUGGCGAGAUCAUAGAGCUAGUCCUGGUGAAAUACCUGGGCAAGAACUGGAAUGGACACUUCCGAAUUUGUGACACACUUCCCGAGUUCUUCCUCGUGUGCUUUUCCUCAGACACCGCGGAAGUGAUGACAGCUGACCUGUCAGUUCAUGUCAGGCGAAUUGGCUGCCGAAUGGAGCUGUCUGUCUUUAGUCCCUAUUGGCUAAUCAACAAAACUUCUCGGGUUCUCCAGUAUCGCUCCGAGGAGAUACAUGUUAAACACCCAGCUGAUUUCAGGGACAUCAUUUUAUUUUCUUUCAAGAAGAAGAACAUUUUUAGUAAGAACAAGGUACAGUUAAAAAUUUCAACUAGUGCCUGGUCCAAUGGUUUCUCAUUGGAUACCGUGGGAAGUUACGGGUGUGUGAAGUGCCCUGCCACCAAUAUGGAAUACCUGGUUGGGGUUAGCAUCAAAAUGAGCAGUUUUAAUCUCUCUCGAAUAGUCACUCUGACUCCCUUCUGCACGGUUGCAAACAAGUCCUCUUUAGAACUAGAAGUUGGAGAGAUUGCUUCAGAUGGUUCCAUACCAACCAACAAAUGGCACUACGUUGCUUCUUCAGAGUGCAUUCCAUUUUGGCCUGAAAAUUUGUCUGGCAAACUUUGUGUGAGAGUGGUGGGCUAUGAAGGCUCUUCCAAGCCAUUCUUUUACAACCGACAAGACAAUGGUACUUUAUUGAGCUUAGAAGAUCUGAAUGGAGGUAUCUUGGUGGAUAUAAACACUGCCGAACACUCAACUGUCAUAACCUUCUCUGACUAUCACGAGGGAUCUGCGCCUGCUCUGAUAAUGAACCACACACAGUGGGACGUCCUCACAUAUAAACAGAGUGGGUCACAGGAGAAACUAGUAUUGCUGCCAGGAGAAACUCGCCUCUUUGCCUGGGCUGAUCCCACUGGCACCAGGAAACUCACUUGGAACUACGCAGCUAACUUUGGGGAGCAUGAUCUCUUAAAGGAUGAGUGUGGUCAGUUUCCGUAUGAUGCAAACAUCCAGAUACACUGGGUGUCCUUCCUUGAUGGACGCCAGAGGGUUCUGCUUUUCACAGAUGAUGUUGCUUUGGUUUCCAAAGCACUCCAAGCUGAAGAAAUGGAACAGGCUGACCAUGAAGUAGCCUUGUCACUCCACAGCCUCGGGCUCUCUCUGGUUAACAACGAAAACAAGCAAGAAGUCUCAUAUAUUGGAAUCACCAGCUCAGGUGUUGUUUGGGAGAUGAAGCCAAAACAGAAAUGGAAGCCAUUUAGUCAGAAGCAGAUAAUGUUGCUGGAACAGUCCUAUCAGAAGCAUCUUGCGUCACAAUCCCGUGGCUGGAUUAAGCUGGACAGUAAUUUUGAGGUCAAUUUUGACAAAGUGCCGAUGGAAAUGCGCCUUCCUAUCCGUUGCCCUAUUAAACGAGACUUCUUAUCUGGGAUUCAGGUUGAGUUUAAGCAGUCUCCUCACCAGAGAAGCCUAAGGGCCCGGUUAUACUGGCUCCAGGUUGAUAAUCAGUUACCAGGCACAAUGUUCCCAGUUGUAUUUCAUCCUGUGGCUCCCCCUAAAUCCAUUGCUUUGGAUUCAGAACCCAAACCUUUCAUCGAUGUGAGUGUAAUUACGAGAUUCAAUGAGUACAGUAAAGUCUUACAGUUCAAGUAUUUUAUGGUUCUCAUCCAGGAAAUGGCCUUAAAGGUUGAUCAGGGGUUCCUUGGAGCUAUUGUUGCUCUGUUUACCCCCACAAGUGAUCCUGAGGCUGAAAGAAAACGGACAAAGUUAAUCCAACAAGAUAUUGAUGCUCUCAACACAGAGUUGAUGGAGUCUUCAAUGACUGAUAUGUCAAUCCUGAGCUUCUUUGAACAUUUCCACAUUUCCCCUGUUAAGUUGCAUUUGAGUCUGUCUUUGGGAUCCGGAGGUGAGGAAUCAGACAAAGAGAAACAGGAAAUGAUUGCAAUUCAUUCUGUGAACCUGCUGUUGAAAAGCAUAGGUGCCACUCUGACGGAUGUGGAUGACCUCAUAUUCAAACUUGCUUACUAUGAGAUUCGCUAUCAGUUUUACAAGAGAGAUCAGCUCAUGUGGAGUGUCAUCAGACACUACAGUGAACAGUUCUUGAAGCAGAUGUAUGUGCUUGUAUUGGGCUUAGACGUGCUUGGAAACCCAUUUGGACUGAUCAGGGGCCUCUCAGAAGGAGUCGAAGCACUGUUCUAUGAGCCCUUCCAGGGUGCUGUCCAAGGCCCUGAGGAAUUUGCUGAAGGAUUAGUGAUUGGGGUGAGAAGUCUCUUUGGACACACAGUAGGUGGUGCAGCGGGAGUUGUAUCUCGAAUCACUGGUUCUGUUGGGAAAGGCCUGGCAGCAAUUACAAUGGACAAAGAAUAUCAGCAGAAGAGAAGAGAGGAGAUGGGUCGUCAGCCAAAAGAUUUUGGAGACAGUCUUGCCAGAGGAGGGAAGGGCUUCCUGCGUGGAGUUGUUGGUGGGGUGACUGGAAUAAUAACAAAGCCUGUGGAAGGUGCCAAGAAGGAGGGCGCUGCCGGCUUCUUUAAAGGAAUUGGAAAAGGACUUGUGGGUGCCGUAGCUCGUCCAACUGGCGGGAUCAUAGAUAUGGCUAGCAGUACCUUCCAGGGCAUUCAGAGGGUAGCAGAAUCAACUGAGGAGGUGUCCAGCCUCCGUCCACCUCGCCUGAUCCACGAAGAUGGUAUCAUCCGUCCAUAUGACAGGCAGGAAUCUGAGGGCUCUGAUCUACUAGAGCAAGAACUGGGAACACAGGAGUAAAUGUUUCCCGUACUGCCUGAUUCCAUCCUUAAAACUCAAAUCAAACUACUAUUGUUUAACUGUGUGUGAAUCAGACUGAGGGCCAAUUUUAGUGAAAUUUCUUUAUAACUGUCCCUUCCACUUGAGCUUUUCAAAAUAGUAGCUCAUAGUUGAAAAUUGUGGCUUCAUGUAAUUCUACAUGGGGCUACAAGAUUGGUAUAAAAGAUCCCAUGGUGCAGGAAAUAAGUUCUCUAGUUUGGGGUUGGGAGCUCAAAGGAUAUUGAACCAAGAGCACAUCUUUUGCUAAAGUUUUGGAAAUUGUAACCCUGUGUAUUAGGUUGUUCAUGUACACUUCAGAUGAAGCUGAGAAGGAUAGCUCUGUUCGGUGAAUGUCUAUGUUUCUGAAUCUUGAUGAUGGAAUUAUGUAGAGUUCUGCUCCAUACAACACCCCAAACUUACUAAGUUAUGAGACUAUUAACCUGGGAGAUAAUGUUUUAAUAAGUAAUGAGUCGUUUCUCAGAGCUUGUCCUUACACCUGAGAUGAACCUUGGCAUAGGAAUUUAGGAGAGUGUUCCUUCAGUAUAUAUUUUUUUCUUUUUUAACUCAGUUAUGGCUAAAUAAAUGAAGUAGUUUAUGUGGUCUGCAUCCCUAGCCUUCAUCAGAGAUUCCUUUUGAAAACUGAGCCCCAUUGUUGGCUACGCUUACCUCAUAAUUACUAGUUUUAAUUAUUGUAAGUAGAGUUAUUAACAGAACAUGUAAUUAGGCAGAUUACCUCUGUGGCAGCUGAAUGUAUAGAUAUCUCUCCUUUUAUAAACAAACUCUUAGAGGUCUGGGAGAUGGCACAGUUAGUUGGGAAAGUCUUCCGAGCAAGCACAAAGACCUGAGUUUAGAUCUCCAGUACCCAUAGAAAAUGUGUGAGUGGCACAUGUCUGUGCUCCAGUACUGGAUAGAGUAGGGGUCAGGAAACAGGCAGAACCUGGGGUUCGUUGACAGCCGGCUCACUUAUUUUUAGCGAGUACCAGAUUUAGUGAGAGACCUUGUUCAAAAUCAGAGCAAAACAAAAGAUAGUAAUGGAGGAAGACACCUGAUAAUGAGCUCAGUCCUCCAUGAAUUCACAAAUGUACACAUGCAUAUGCUGCAUAUAACAUGUGUACAGCCCUUCAUAGACACAUGCACAAACAUACAUGUGCAUAUGGCAUUGACACUUCAUAAAUUUAAUCCCCAGAGAUUUCUCCUGAUGUGAACAAAAUAACUAUAAAUUAUCAUUUAUACUCCAGCGAAUUCCCAAAGUAAAUAAUAUUUUAAUUUCUAUUUAAAAUAAUAAUGCAAAUGUUUAAUUUUGUGCUUUAACAGUGUCUUAUCUAUCAACUAAAUUGAAGCCAAAGUAGAAACUUGAUCCCUAGCAUUAUUUUGUUUUUUGGACAGGGUCUACUGUGUAGCCGUGGUUGGCUUGGAACUCUCUGUAUAGAUCAGGCUGGCCUCGAAUUCACAGAUAUCUUCCCAGUUUUACCUCUCAUGUGCUGGGAUGAGAGGCCUGCAUUUAUGUUUUUAAGUGCAUCGUUAUAAAAAGCAAUUAGUUGAACACUAUAUAUGUCUAAAACAAACACUGUAAAGAGAAAAUAACUGGUGUCCAGGACCAGAUAGCACUGGAUGGACAAAAGGAGUGACUUGCAUCCUUUGCUGGGGCUCAGCUCAGAUAAAGCAGCAUGCACAGGCCUUGGGUUUGAACCCUGGCAUUGCCAUGUUCCCCUCAAAACAAGACUUCUGUGCUCAUGGGACCAAGUAUAGAAAAGAUGUAAAUAGUAAUGGUAGCCGAAACACAAAACACAAAACAUGAAGCUUCUAGUGCCUGGAUAAGUGGGGAGAGGAACAGUGUCCAUGCGAGCAGCUUCUGUGAGAAUCAAGCACAAUCUGUCCUUCAGAUGCUGCAGCUCCUUGUGGGAGAGACACAAGCUUUAGUUUUCCUGAAUAAUUGCAAUUUUCUGAGACUUUUGUGAUCCUCUGAAAUCUGGGGUCUUUUUUAUUAUGUUUUAUUUUAUUUUUUAGCUCCUUAGUGAUUCUUGUGGUUUAUCUUUUUAUAAAUGUAUGUAUUAAGCAAAAAAGUUAUUUUAUCUAAGGCUAUCGUCAUCUUGUGUGGCUUUUUAGCUUUUGUUACAAUGUCAGUCAACCCUUUACACUGUAAUAUACUAUAAUAAUUUUUGGAAGAAAUAGAAGGUAAUUGCUGUAGGGUUGGUAGCAUGUUCGUGAGCUGAGCUUGUGCAGCUCUACCCAUCUUGCUGUGGUCAGAGUUGAGGAGGAAGCACUUCCUGAUUAGUUAGACUCUGCUGGAUUGAUUCCUUAAGGGAGUAAGUGUAACUCGACCCAUAAAUGUCAUAGAGUCCUAGCGCAUUGGAUUAUAUCCUCCUCACUCUUACUGUAACACUGACUUAUUUCUAAAUAAUUUAUUUGGGAGUCUUUUUGAGCUCUCUUUCCUUUUUAUUUAACCUACUAAGCAUUCCUCUGUGAAAAUCCUCACUUACAUGCCAUGUGUUUAUAGCAUAGUCCACUCUAGUAUUCCCUUAGGAUAAUGCUGUUUAUGUGGUACAUGUAUGUAUAUGUCUGUAUAGAUAGAUAGGCAGACUUUAUUAUUUAUUUUGCUGAUUAUUCUUAAUGGUCAUACAAGAUUUAAUGUGGUUUUCUUUGCUUUUUGACCUAAUUACGUUUUUCCAAGUUUGGAAAUGUUUUACUAACACUUUAACCCGUGCCUGUCUACUCACUGAGGUGAUCUUGCAUUGUGUAAUCUGUUCUUCCCUCUGACAUUGGUUCUUGUACUGUAUCCGGUGAUAUUAUUAACUCUGUGAUAAAUACCACUGUACACUUGCAUUUUGACUUUUCAUGCCUUGUGCUGUUUCCUUAGAAUUAAUUUGAAAGGGAUGAAAAAGAAUGGGCAAAGGAUUUUUUCCUUUACUGAAACGUUACUAAAUUCCUCAUGUUGAGUUUUGUGUUGGUCAGUCUGGUCUCCUGUUACCCUCCAUGACUGUAUCUUGCUCUGGAUUUCAGAGUCUAGUGGGUCUUUAAUAACACUGAAAAGAUGUUCUCAGUGUAUCCUGGUGAUAAGUUGAAGCACAGCUUGAUAAAGAAUGGACAUGUGAGGAGAGAAGCAGGCGUCUCUGCUCUCCACACCCCCUGGCUUCUCUGGCUUAAACCCGCUGUCAUGUAUGUUCCCAGAUCCAGCUAAAGGCACUACAUUAUUUUAGCAUGCUAUUCUGUUUUCCUGUUUUCUCUGAGGAAACUGAGGGUUUGAUGGCAAAAUAUUGUUGAGAAUUCACAGGGUGAACUGUGAAAUAAUUGCCCACCUCCUCUCCAAGAUGCAUUCUGAAGAGGCCACUUCAGCUCUGUGGGAAUUCUCUUCCUCAUUCAUGGCUUUGCAAUCCUUGUUUGUGGCUUUAUUUUUUGUAAUUAGCAAGGAAUGACUAGGGACCAACAUAUUUUUAAAAUGUGGGUUUCAUUGCCAGCACCACAACGAUGUAUUUAAGCUUUGCAGUCACAGCACCAAGCAUUCUUUCCUGACAGUGUGUAUACUGACUGUAUGAUCCUGAUGCUGCUGGGGUGUGUUCUCAGUGUGAACAGGCUCACUCAGUGUGCCUAUCUUCUGUAUUUUAUGCCCAUGUAUCAUUUGAUCUUUAAUCACUCAUUAUAGGUGAUAUCAAUGAUAUUUAUUAGUAUUUGUUAUAAAAAUGUAUUUGUUUUAAUGUGUAUUGACUAAUUUAAGUCAACAGUUUUAAGAUACUUGAAAAAGAAAAUAAAUAUUUUAUUGGCUACAA